GGAAAUUUAGGGCUCCGGACCAGCCCACCUAAUUUUUGGGCUAGGGCUUGCACUCAAUCAAACUGUGACGUCUGUUGAACUUACCUUCUCUUUUGUGCAUUUUUACUUGAAUUAUACACUAAUUAUUAUUGUUGUAUACUCUCUCUAUAUAUAGAGAGUUUGGGAUCUCUGCCAAUUAUGAAUUUAUGGUGGGUUUUGAAUGAGAGUUGAACUCUAUAGUCUCUACAACUUCGUUUUCCAACUAAAAAGGUGCGAUUGGCGCAGUCGUUAUAAUGGAUCAAACAGUGACAAGCAGUUGUAAGGCUGCCAAUGCUGCAGAGGAUAUUAUUAGUGACCUACCAAGAGAAUUAAUAGAUCGUAUACUAGGGUGUAUGCCCAUUCGAGAUGUUGCAAGAACAAGUGUGUUAUGUAGAAAGUGGAGGUGUAUUUGGGCUACACAUCCGCGACUCAUACUUGACGGUCAGUUCUGCCAAGAGACCAUAGAAAACAAACCAUUCAUUCCACAGAACUUUGUGAAUGUGAUCAAUAAAAUUUUCCGACUUCACAGUGGUCCCAUUCUGGAAUUUUAUCUCAAAAUUCCGUUCUCCAUAGGUACUGAUCAGAACGCAGAUAUUGAUCAUUGGAUACUAAUUCUGUCAAGAAAUGGUAUUAAGAAACUCACCUUUUUCUGUGUAAGUCCUCUUGCCUAUAAACUGCCGCCUUCUAUAUUUUCUUGUUCACAAUUGACUGGUUUGAGGCUCUGGAACUGCAUACUCAAGCCACCACAUGGAACUGACGUACUCGGAACUCUGUUCUCAAGUGCACCUUUACUUGAGGAUCUUAUUAUUUCGGAGUGCGUUGGUAUUGAGCAUUUUAAUAUCCAUGCUCCCGCGCUAAAAUAUCUGAUGCUCAUGGGCAGUCGUGAAUUUAAAUCGAUAUCUUUCAAAAACAGCCCGAAUAUUACUAUGCUCACUAUUUUACUGAACGCUAAAGUUGAUAAUCCAGAGUGGGGUAAAACCACCAAUUUGAUUGAGCUUGUUGCUAGUUUGCCUAGAAUCAAGGUUCUAAUGCUAGACAAAUUUGUUUUGAAGGUUUUAGCUGCAGGUACGGUCUCAAAGAGGUCUCCAGCAAUUAAGCACUUGUGGUAUCUUCAUUUGGCUGACAUAAAUUUCGACGAUUUGGACCAGAUUUCUUGCAUUAUGUGCUUGCUUGAAAGCUCCAUUAACUUGAAGCAACUUCAUAUCACGGCCGAUGAAGGCACAGGUAAAGUCAUGCAACCGUUCUUCAAUUUUUAUAAAGAAUCCGACUGGAUUGACCUGAAACUUCGAAUUGUUAGACUUAUUCUUGACAAGUCAUGUUCAACGGCUGAAUUUCUCUUCAUCGAGUUUUUACUUGCCCAUUGCCUAAUUCUUGAGAAAAUGUUGAUCGAGAUUGAUGCAAAUGAAGGGUGUAGUAUCUCAAAAAAGUUGAUGCAGCUUCCGCGAGCUUCCCAGAGAGCAGAAGUAAUACUUGUGCAGCUAUAAUCUUUAUUUUCACAAGCAAACAAGCUAGUUGAUACAGAUUAAUUUUUUACCAUCCCCUUCUGGAAGCUUUUGGUUUUUGAAGUCUAUUUGUACAAAUUAAAUCAGAGUGAAAGAAGUCAAAAUUAUGUUUCUACUUUCUUGAGACUACAAAGUAGAAAACGAAAAAAUUACUAAAUGCACCUUUAUCUA